AUGAGGAUAUCCAUCCUCCUGAGCCUUCUAUUCCAUGCUGCAGCUGCUUCUCACCAACCACAUUACAUGGUGGUGAUUCCUGAAGCUCUCUGGUACCCGUCCACCCAGGUUGCCUGCCUCCAUAUCACCUGUCAUGAUGCAAAAAUUCAAGUGAAUCUGGCCUUGGAGCGCUCUGCAGGACGGGAGGUCUUAAUGCAAGAAACCAUCCAGAAGAAGAAGACUUUCCUGUGCACUAAGUUCUGGGUUGCCCCUCCAGCUAAUGGCACAGAGGAGGUUGCUACUGUAAAACUGACCAUCACAGGAGAAGGGGUCAAUGUUGAGGAACAGAAAAAGGUCCUGAUCUGCAAGGCCAGGAGUGGCACCAUCAUCCAAACUGACAAGCCCAUCUAUGAACCAGGGCAGACAGUGAAAUUUCGCAUUGUGACUCUGGAUGAGGAAUUCCAUGCACUCAACGAUUCGAUUUCCCUGUUUCUCCUGGACCCUAAGAACAACCAGAUAGAGCAGUGGCAGAACGUGGUCCCUCAGGAUGGCAUUGCAGACCUGUCUUUCCAGCUGAGUGACGAGCCCCUGCUGGGAACGUACGUCAUCAAUGUCACCAGCUCCAGAGCCUACGGCAGCUUCUCUGUUAAAGAGCAUGUGCUGCCAAAAUUUGAAGUGAUCUUUGAGGCACCAAGUCAGAUUUAUGCACUAGAUACAACCUUCCUGCUCCGGGUAUGUGGCAGAUCCACUCGUGGGAAAAGCAUCCAGGGGAAGGUUCAUGUGAGCCUUUGUCAGAAGAUAGCCCCGUUCCUGCCCAGUGCUUCCAAACCCGAUCUCUGUCACAAAUUCAGCAACCAGACAGAUGAGUCAGGUUGCUUCUUCACAAAUGUGAGCCUGUCCUCCUUCAGCCAAGACUUUCGGUACUAUCGGGACAGCAUAGUUGCAGAGGCCUCGCUGGUGGAGGAUGCCACAGAGAUACAGGUCAAUGCUUCCCACAAAUUACUUAUCUCCAGGAUUGGCGGGUUGGCUUUGUUUAAUGAUGUGAAUUCUUACUACCACCCUGGACAGAUGUUCAGAGGAAAGAUUAAAGUAAUUGAUCACCAAGGCAAGGCACUGAAGAACAAAGAAGUCCUUCUUGUAGUAAACUGUGCUGAGCAGCAAUUUAGGCAGAAGUUCAUCACUGGAGACUCUGGAACAAUUUCAUUUACCCUGGACACCUCUGCCUGGAACAGCACCUUGGUCUCCCUGGAGGCAAGUGUCCUGCAUCAAGAUUCGGACAGAGAGCCUGGGACAGUUGACUUGAGUUACCAGCGAGCCUCUUAUUUCAUACAUCCGUUCUACAGCACCAGCAGGAGCUUCCUCUCUAUCAUCCGUGUGCCAGAGACAAUACCCUGUGGUAAAAUGCAGUCUGUCCAGGUGGACUUUAGAAUUUAUGAGGAAGACCUGGAACAUGGGCCCAAGCGCGUCAUUUUCUCCUACUUUGUCACAGGGAAAAGAGGGAUAGUCCAUGCAGGUCAGCAGACUGUUUGGAUUGGGCUGCCAAGAAUGCUGGAAAGCUCCUUCUCCAUCCCUCUUACAUUCAGCUCGACCUAUGCCCCAGCUCCAAGACUUGUUGUUUAUGUCAUCUUCCCUAAUGGAAAAAUCAUUGCCGAUUCUGCCAUCUUCAGUGUCUCCACGUGUUUCAGAAACAAGGUAGAGCUGGGCUUCUCAGUGCCAGAGACUCUCCCUGGCUCACAGGUUGGCCUCCACCUGCAGGCAGCUCCUGGCUCCACCUGUGCUGUCUGGGCUGUGGAUCCAAGCUCCUUUUGGAUGAAGCCAGGAAAAGGACUGAGCAGCCACUCGAUCUAUGGGCUGUUCCCAUCUUAUAACUCCAGGUAUCUUCACCAAGUGUCUGAAGAUGAUCGUUCAUGCGGGUUCCCAAAUUCUGAUGGGCCUGAUGUGUUUACGGCAUUCAGGGAAAUGGGGUUGAAAAUUAUGUCCAACACCAAUAUCAAGAAACCCAGAGUAUGUCCAACCACUCCACUGACAAGUACACUGCGGGGAACAGGAAAGAUUAUUUCCAGGCCCAUGCUGAUGUUUGCCCAGCCCCAUAAAGUGUAUAACAGUAAGUAUCUGCCACAUCUGAUAGCAACCUAUCAGCCCACUAUGUUUCCACCUUCUUCUUCAGCUGAAGAGAAAGUACACAAGCAUUUUCAACAAACCUGGCUGUGGGAUUUGUAUUCUGUGGGCCCCGGUGGGAACAAGAAUAUCACUGUCACUGUGCCUGAGGCCAUCACAGAAUGGAAAGCAGGAAUGUUCUGCACAGGACGUAACGGCUUUGGGUUUGCUCCAGCCUCCCGGCUGACUGUUUCCAAGCCUUUUCUUGUGGAGCUGCCACUGCCAUCUUCUGUGGUCCUGGGUGAGACCUUCAACUUGAAGGCCACGGUCUCCAACAACCUGCAGCAAUGCAUGAGGAUCCAAGUGACCCUGGAGGAGUUUGCACACUUCCAGCUGAAGCCAUGCAAAGGCUGUGUCUACAGCAGCUGCUUAUGUGCCGGGGAAGCCAAGACCUUUCAGUGGAGUGUCACAGCUGAGCACCUGGGGCUCGUGAACAUCACCCUGAGCACAGAGGCUGUGGCCACCAAAGAGCUCUGUGGUGAGGAGAUACCAUUUGUCCCAAAACAAGGACAGAAAGACGUGAUCACCAAACUCAUUCAAGUUCGGCCAGAGGGAGUGUUGGUAGAAAAGGCUCACAGCUCCAUCCUGUGUCCCGAAAAAGGGAAUCCAGCAGAGGAGUCUGUGUCCCUGGUGUUGCCUCUAAAUGUGGUUGAAGGUUCAGUCAGAGCCACUGUCUCGGUCACUGGGGACGUCAUGGGGACGGCACUGCAGAACCUGGACCACCUGGUGCAGCUGCCCCACGGCUGUGGGGAGCAGAACAUGGUGCUGUUUGCCCCCAUUGUCUAUGUGCUGCAGUACCUGGAGAAGACGAGGCAGCUGAACCCUGAGAUCAAGGACAGGGCAACAGGAUUCCUGCGCAGUGGGAGGUGUAGAUGGGGAAGUCCCCUUGGCUGCCUACAUCACUGCUGCAUACUUGGAGGCAGGAGCAACACCAGAGAUGGGCAGAUCCACUGGAGUCAGACCUCAUCCAAACCCAGAACCAGUACCAGCCCUUGGUCACAGCCAAUAUCCACAGAUGUGGAGCUGACAGCCUACAUCCUCUUGGCCCUGCUCUCCAAGCCAAAUGUCACAGAGUCUGACCUCACCACAGCCUCUGGCAUCGUGGCCUGGCUCACCAGGCAGCAGAAUGCCUAUGGAGGCUUUGCCUCAACACAGGACACAGUAGUGGCCUUGCAGGCAUUGGCUAAGUAUGCAGCACUGACACACAGCACACAGGGGGAUGCAGAAGUGAGGGUGAGGUCUCAUGGAGGCUUUGGGAAGAAGUUCCAAGUCUCCUACCAGAACCGGCUGCUGGUGCAGGAGGCGGCACUGACAGAGGUCCCGGGCAAGUUCUUGGUGCAGGCCCACGGCAGCUGUUGUGUCUUUACUCGGAUGGUGCUGAGGUACAACACACCCUCCCCACAAGACUCAACAUCCUUUGCCUUGCAAGUGAAAACUGAGCCUGUCAGCUGCACCGAGGACAAUACACGCUCUGUUACCGUCCAUGUCGAUGUCAGGUACAAUGGGAAGAAACCUACUUCCAACAUGGUGAUUCUUGAGGUGUCCUUACUGACUGGAUUUGCCCUGGCUCCAGGAUCUGGGAUGUCUCUGCAGCAUGGGCACUCUGUGAGAAGAACUGAGAAAACACAAGAAGGCGUUGCCAUUUACUUAGACAAGCUGAGCCAUAUCUCUGACACAUACGUCCUGCAUCUGGAGCAGGAGAUUGAGGUGACCAACCUGAAGCCAGGCCAUGUCAGGGUCUAUGACUACUACAACCCAGAGGAGCAGGCCCUGGCUGACUAUAACAUCUUCUGCAUCUGA